UUUAAGGAAAAAAAAAGGAUCAAUUUUUUAUCCGGUUAUAAUUUAUUUACUAAUAAUUAAUUAUUGUUCAGCAUAAGGUUAUUGUAUAUUUGAUAACAAUAUCAAAUUCGACAAUGGGCGACUGUUCUCCUGUGCAUAACGAAUGCAAUUCAUCUCUAACUUCAGAUACUAUCGACAACCCUUGCACGAUCCAUGAAAAGAUUAAAAGUGUAUUUAGUAAUGUUAGCAAUGAUUUAAGCGGUCGCUUCAUUCAGUUUUGGGCACCCAUUGUCAAAACAACAGCACCCGGGAAGUCAAGGCGGGUACUUUCAACUGCAAAUCAACCUUUUGCCUCACACAAGGACGACAACUCUUAUUUCGAAACAUAUAGGCUAUCUUGUUUGAGAUAUUUGUUUAGUGUUGAUGAUGUGCAUUAUGAUAAUUAUGAAUUUGAGGAAGGAGGUCAACUUAUGUUGAUCACAAGUUGUGGACCUGCCGCUCCGUUCCUCAAUCGUUUGCCAUCCGUUGUGAAUGCCUUGGUUACGUAUAGUCCAUUGACUGCUUCUCUGCCAUGUGAAUCGAUGAAUUCUUUAUUUAUGCCUGUUUUUUAUGGUCAUCCUUCUCAAAGGUCUACCUUUUGUGUCGGUGUUGUCGAGUGUUCUGUGAAGCCGCAGUCUGGUCUUCUUGGAAUUUUCAAAAAGUUGGUUAGUUCACUUGAGAGAGUUGGUCUGUGUACGUUUCAUGUGCAAGAAAGUGGCCCAUACAAGCUAAUGACUAUACGCAGCCACAAACAAACUACAAAUGAAAUUGAAAAGGCAUUAGAGAUAGUUUGUGAAUUGUAUGGUUUGCCUCUUGGUCAAGUUUGGAUCUCUUGUAAGAAUGAGAAUCUUUUGCCAUUUUCAUAUUUCUCAGGAGACACACUAACAAAACCAAAGUUUGCGGUCAAACUUUUUGGCUAUUGUUCUGAUUCGAGUCCGUCUUUCAUCAAGGAAUACCACGAGACUUGUGAUAAGCUUUCUUUUAAAUCGGGGAGUGGAGUUAAUGAGACGGCACUUGAAUUUCAAAUACCAAACUUCUGCGCAAAUAUUGAUAAGGUGACUGAUAAUGCGCUCCUGACGACAUUACUCCCUGAUUCCAUCAAUACUGAAUGUAGUUGUCUCGCCAUAUGCUUGAGGAGUAUUGACACCGGAGAAGAUGUGGAUUAUGUGUUUGAGUUCUUAUGGCCCCACAGUCGGAAGUAUUACAUGUUUUUGGAUUCUCUUUUAUUAACACUUAAGAGGUGUUUGCCCAGUUUUAAGUUUGCUUCUGAUGCACGACUCGGUGAUGAGUUAUGGAUUGUGGAUGUUGAGAAUCCUACAAGAACUGGUGUCGGACUUUCUAAGAUUCUCCAAGGAAACAAAACAUCACAGAUACUUAAAGCAUUGAAAGAAGGAAGGAGAUGGGAGGGUGAGGAAGCAGGAUAAAAUAUCUUACUGGGUUUGUGAAGAGAAAGUCGAGUGGAAUGUCGGACUCUGAAGUUGACUCGAACCAAGUAUAUAAAAGAACAAAACAAGAGCACUCCGCCGACAGCGACAGUGAGACAUCUCCAUACAAUGAGGAGCGAUUCAUAGUUUUUUUUAUGAAUGGCAACAGAACCCCUUAUAAAUCAUAUUGACAUCUCAUAUUUUAAAAAACUAACACUUUUUUAUACCAAAAAUAU